GUUAUUCUCUAUAUUAUAUGGUUUUGGCAUCAUUUCUGGUCCUUUAAAUUGAAGGGCAGAAGGUAUAUAUUAUAGUGAGGGGUGAGGCAUGAAAGAAGAGAGUGGGAGAUCAAUGGACAUUAGUAUAAAGGAUUUGGCUAAGCAGCUUGAAGAUUUUGCAAAGGUUAGAGACUGGGAGAAGUACCACAGCCCUAGAAACUUACUGCUAGCUAUGGUGGGUGAGGUGGGAGAGUUGUCAGAAAUAUUCCAGUGGAGAGGGGAAGUGGAGAAAGGAUUGCCAAAUUGGGAGGAAUCAGAGAGAGAGCAUCUUGGGGAAGAACUGUCUGAUGUGCUUCUUUACCUCAUCAGGUUGGCUGAUAUAUGUGGCAUUGAUCUUGCAAAUGCUGCCACCAAAAAAAUCCUCAAGAAUUCCAUCAAGUACCCACCACCCCCACCCCCCAACAACCUCUGACUUUCAUGCAUGUCUCCUAGUAUCAUAAUUUACGUUAGACUAAUCUAAGUCUCUAGUGUCUCUGUUCAAGAGUCGUUGGAAGACGAGUCGACGACUAAAGGAUCUUCAUUAUCUUAUUUGAGCAGUUAGGAUCUUUCAGUUGGAACAAGACUUUAAGGUGAUCAGUUGAACCAACUGAGUGUCUACCAAGUUUUUCUAGGUUUUUGUCCAUCAUCACCACAGAGAAUCUUUCAUCUUUAUGUCAUCAUGAUGAAAAUUAAAGUAUGCCCUAAUGCUUUUCUUGGUGCAUGUACUCAAAUAUAUUCAUGAAAUAAAUUCUCAUUUAAUUUUAUCCUA